GCUAUGCUGAGUACCGUCAGUUUGGUCGGUGAUCCGAAGCCCUGGGUGGGGACCGAGGUGACGGGACGGAGAGGGAGAGAGGGGAGGCGCUGUCUCCGCCGCACAGACGGGUCCGCGGCUGGCGACGCCGCCCGGGCUGCCCCGCGCCGGGGCCGGGACGUGGACCGCCGGCCCGGGCGUCCGCUCCGCCCAUAGGGUCCGAUGGCGGCGGCCGCGCCCAGGGACCCGGGUCAGGUAAACUCUCGUCCCCCGCUGUCCCGCCACCCAGACUCUAAGGGCCCGAGCGCGGGGCGUCUGCUCGCGUCCCUGCGGCCCAGGCCCCGGUGUCCGGGACAGGGAGGCGCCGGCGGGCGGGGACCCCGUGUGUGAGCGCCGGCGUGCUGGCUGCGAGAGCGGGCUCCGGGCUGAGGAGCAACUGGGGAGGGGCGAUACUGAGCGCUGAGGUUGAGCAGCCAGCACGAAGUCACCUGCCUCUAUAUCAGGGCCAGGCAGGGGUACAGGGAGACCUGAGUCCGUCAAGCCCUGCCAUGGACUUAUUCCUCUAAAGCUAUCCUUUCCAUAUGCCGUGGCUUCACAAGCGGUUGUGGAACCACUGGGAAGUGGACAGUGUCUCAGUGCCUCACCGCUAACCACAUGUUCUCCGAAUUGUGGUGCCUUGGGACUUAGUGCUAUUUACUCAGUCCUUGGGUCUAGGGACCCCAAACGUAGGGUCCUAGGUCCAUGCCAAGGGUUAUAUGGAGGUGUGCCUGUUUCUGGCAGUCACUGUAAACAGGUGUGAAAGGUUAUGCCUAGAAUUGAUACCAGGAUGUGCAAAUUCUUUUUUUUUUUUUAAGAUUUUAUUUAUUUAUUUGACAGAGAGACAGCCAGCGAGAGAGGGAACACAAGCAGGGGGAGAGGAAAGUGGGAGAGGAAGAAGUAGGCUCCCAGCAGAGCAGGGAGCCCAGUGCGGGGCUCCAUCCCAGGACCCUGGGAUCACGCCCUGAGUGGAAGGCAGAUGCUUAACGACUGAGCCACCCAGGUGCCCCAAACACCGCCUUUUUAUCAAGGAGACCAGAGCAGUUCCAGUUUAUCCCUUUGUAGAGGGUUUCAGUUCCCUACCAAUCCAUGGAGUCUGUUUCAAGCCAAUCACAUCUUUUCAUGGGAACCAAGUUAAACUUCUUCUUGAUAAUACAAAGCUUACAUCCCAGAGCCCCUGGUGAUUCAUUCUUUUCUGGAGUACAAUCUCCAUGUGGCCCUGUGUGGUGUAACAUGUCUUCCUCUCUCAUGCUGUGGGUCAUUGCUUAAUGAAUUGCUGUCAGUGUCAUCUGGCCAGUGUCAGAUACCAUGUGUUUGGCCAUCUCCAUAACUGUAGGGUGGGAAUUCCACCCUCACCAGUGGGUUGAAGAGAUGCUGAGUAAAACACAAAUAAUAUGUGGAGAGUCCAGGGACAUGCCUGGUCACUUGGAGUGGGCCAAUGAGGUGGUGUUGGCCGUAGGCAUGUGGCUGUGGGAUCCAGAGAUGUGAAGGAUGUGCUGUCUAAAGAAUGAUGUGCACUGGAAGAGAGAGUAUACCUGAUGGUUCCAUGACCUAGUUGGUAUUGAGACCUUGGCCAUAACAGGGUAAUAAGAGCCCCUGGGUCCCCCUAUGCCAGGCUCACAGCUUAGAUAUAUAUUUGUCCACCUGCCUCUUGUUGCUGGUGUCUGGAUCCCAUGAUUAAUGGGCCCAUGAAGACACAAUGCCACCAGUGGUGGUGUGGCAUAGUUUCUCCUCUGAGUUGGGGAGCUUGGAAGGAGUGUGGGCAUGGGAUAGAGGUGGGGGGGAAGGGAUUGGGCUCCUCAGAAGUGGACUGUUUGUGGUUCAUCUGUCACCAUCCCAGGAGGGCACUGUGAACUUUGAGGACGUGGCUGUGUACUUUUCCUGGGAGGAAUGGGGUCUCCUUGAUGAGGCUCAGAGAUGCCUGUACCACGAUGUGAUGCUGGAGAACUUGGCACUUAUAACCUCCCUGGGCUGUUGGUGUGGAGUGGAGGAUAAGGCUGUAUCUUCUGAGCAGUGCGUUUCUGCAAGAGUUGUCACUGCUCCCAAAGCAGGUAUGUCUCCCCAGAAGGCACACUUCUGUGAGAUGCGUGAACCCAUCUUGAGAGACAUUUUACCUUUGGUCGAACACCAGGAAACACAUCCUAAGCAGAAACUGUACAUGUUUGGGGCAUGUGGAAAAUGAUUUCAUGUCACUAUAGACCUUCAUCAGCACCAUAAGCAGCAAAUUGGAGAGAAACACUUCAGAAGCAACAUGGGCAGAGCCUCACUUUUGGAGAACUGCAAAUUCCAUGUGUCAGUGAAGCCCAUUACCUGUGAAGAAAUUAGGAAGGACUUCCUGGCCAACCCGGGCUUUCUCCAGCAACAGGUCACUCACACCAGGGAGAAGUCAAAUGGUGGAACUGAGUGUGCGGUGGUCUUCCACAGUGUAAAGUGUCAUUAUAACGGGGAAGACUGCAGGAAACUUCAGUCCCAACACACAUUUGUUCAGCACCAGCAAGUCCUCACGAGGGAAAGAUGUUACAGGUGUGGUGAAUGUGGGAAAUCCUUUAGCAAAAGCUGUAGCCUCCAUGACCAUUUGAGAGUUCACUCUAGAGAAAAGCCUUAUAAGUGUGGGGAAUGUGGGAAAUCCUUUAGGCAAAGUUCUGGUCUCAUUGAACACCAGAGAGUUCACACUGGACUAAGACCUCAUGAAUGUGAUGAAUGUAGAAAAUUACUUAGCAAGAAGUACAACCUCAUUAUGCAUGGGAAAGUUCAUACUGGUGAAAAGCCCUAUGACUGCAGUGAAUGUGGGAAAUUUUUUAGCUGUAAAUCUGACCUCAUUACUCACCAGAAAAUUCAUACUGGAACAAGGCCUUAUGAGUUUAGUGAAUGUGGGAAAUCCUUUACCCACAGUUCCAGUCUCAUUAAACACCAGAGAAUUCACACUGGAGAAAGGCCUUAUGAGUGUGAGAAAUGGGGAGGGGGGGCCUUUAGCCAGAGCUCUCACCUCAUUAAACACUGGAGAGUUCAUGCUAGAGAAAGAUGUUAUAAGUGCAGUGAAUGUGGGAAAUUCUUUCUCUCUAGCUACUGUUUCUUUCAACACCAGAGAGUUCACACUUGUUUAAGACCUCACAAAUGUGAUGAUUGUGGAAAGUGAUUUACCAACCUGUACAACCUCAUUAAACACCAGAGAGUUCACACUGGAGAAAGGCCAUUUGAGUGUAGUGAAUGUGGGAAGUCUUUUAGCUACAAAUCCUACCCCAUUACACACUGGAGAAUUCACACUGGAGCAAGGCCUUAUGAUUGUGGGGAAUGUGGGAAAUCAUUUAGCCAUAGCUCCACACUCCUUCAACACCGGAGAGUUCACACUAGGGAAAAGCCUUGUGAGUGCAGUGAAUGUGGGAAAUCCUUUAGCCACAGCUCUAGCCUCGUUAGACACCAGAGAAGUCACACUGGAGAAAGGCCUUAUGAAUGUAGUGAGUGUCAGAAAUCAUUUAGCGACAGCUCUAGCGUCAUUAAGCACCGAAGAGUUCAUACUGGAGAAAGGCCUUAUGAAUGCAGUGAACGUAGGAAAUCCUUUAACCAGAGCUCUAACCUCCUUAAUCAUCAGAGAGUUCACACUAGAGAAAGACUUAUGGGUGUAGUGAAUGUGGGAAAUCAUUUACCUUCAACUCUAAUCUCCUAAAACAUCAGAAUGUCCACAAGGAAUAAAACCCUUUCCGUAAUACAGGUAAGUCUGUUAUAGACUGCACUGUACCCCCUCAGAAUUCAUGUGUUCAAGUCCUACUUCCCAGUGUAACUAUUUUUAGGUGUGGCUUUUAUGAAGAUAACUGAGGAUAAAUGAGGUCAUAAAGAUGGCCUAAUCCAGUGUGACUGGCAUCCUCAUAAGAAGAAAAGAUACCAGAAGGUGUGCUCUCACAUGCUGUGUCUCUCCAUCUGUCUCCCCAUGAACAGACAGACUAUGUAAUAAGACAGCUGUCUAAGCCAGGAAGAGUGGCCUCGGUCCAGACCAGUCCUCAUGGUACCUUGGUCUUGGAGUUCUAACCUCUAGAAGUGUGAGAAAAUAAAUUUCUGUUGUUUAAGUCAA